AUGGAGUCUAACACUGGAGUUGACUAUGCACGUGUGCGGCCAAUGCUCGAGCUAGCUCGGAGCUUCGUAGAGCCCAUGACCGAUCAGAUCAAAUACCUGGUUACAGGAGGACUGACUGAGGCUCAGUCGAUUGACGCCGAUGGAGAGAAUAACGAAGAUGUAGUUGUACGAGGUAUCGGAUCUAACCCGAUACAGGAGAUGCGCCUGGAGAAGGGUAUCCCUCCGACAUAUCCCCUCCAGUGGUUUGCCGCAAAUAAAUGGAAUAAGCCCCCUAUCACGCUACCCGGACCCCGAGCAGGAGCGAAUCUGAACGAUUAUUAUCACAUCAUCACCAACACCUACCGUAGAGAGUCUGUGUCUGUUACCUCCUCUCUGACGUUCCUUCAGCUGCUAUGUCGGCAAAUCACCGGUCUCUUGAGGUUCGACUGGGUGUCACUGGGAGUCCUAAUCGAUUAUAAAGAUUCUAUGAUCAAUCCCCUGGAUGUAUUCACAGUGCGUAUCACGGAGAUUAACACCAACAUCGGAUCAAGUCAAGAGGACGUCUCAGACGACAUGCUGUAUGAUCUGGCUCUCCUAAUUCUUGGGGGAUUCCGGAUCCAUAUGGCGUCAAAUCAGACGUACAUUGACCGCCUCCAGACCGCCCUUAAGGCACAAUUAAUAAACCCGGACUUUUCCGAUGGCGUAGAGGUAGCGAUUACAAACUUUGCUCAACUGUAUUCAGAUCCAGAAUUCGUCAAGCUUGCAUGUGGGAUGGAUAUGUUCUUCGCUGUCUUUCCGCAGCACAAUCGAGCAAAGUUGCGUUUUGGAACGUUGAUUAUGGCGCACAAAGAUUGCACGGGCCUGUCUGCAAUCACGGCCGGUUGUGAGCUCAUGCAUCACACCACCCGGGUGUUUUCCCGAUGGCUUAUGACGCCAGUCCUCAGAUCAGAUAUGAAUAGGAUGACGAUCCCGGGCCAGGAGAUCUGUAUCCCUUACUCAUACAGCCCAUAUCUCUCGGGGCUCGGCAUUGUGGAUAAGAGCCCGUAUUCAGCCGCACUGAAUUGUGGGUUGCAUAUGUUUACGCAUAUGAUAGGAUGCGCGGUUCCAAUGGCUCGGUCGGUAAAUGCCAUUUACUUCCAGCCGUCCGGGCUUCAGGCGAUUAUCGACAAUGCCAUUUUGUUCAUUUAUGCUCAUUCCUGCACUGGGUCUCUCCAGAUGCAGUUCUUCCGGGCAUCGGAAGUAAGAACAGUGAAGAAGGUUGAGGAAGAGUCACGCCACUACAUGGAGGAAAUGCGCAAGAGGCUCCAAGAUUUUAAGAACGAAGAAGGACAGCGAACCGGGUCUGGAGAUGAAGAAGAAGAUGUAUCUCGACCAAGUACUCCUGAAUCUUCCCCUAGCGAGGGGGGUGGAGGUGAUCUGGAGGAUCUCGAGAGUGUUUCAGAGUUAGGAGGUGUGGUGGAAGGCGAGCCUACAAGCCGUGACGCACUAGAUUGGUAUAUGUACAUAUCCAGAUAUUACCACGGGUCUCUUCCGGCUAGGAUGCGGGAUGUUGCUUUCGAUAGAUGGUCAAAAUUAACGGAUGUCAGACCAAACACUGUAGGAGAAUUCGUCAAGAGGAUGAGCAAGAAUGUUCAGCCUUGA